AUGCCGGCCCUUCACAUCGAAGAUCUGCCAGAAAAGGAAAAGCUGAAGAUGGAAGUUGAGCAACUUCGCAAAGAGGUUAAGUUGCAGAGACAGCAGGUGUCUAAAUGUUCAGAAGAAAUAAAGAACUAUAUUGAAGAACGUUCUAGAGAGGAUCCUCUGGUGAAAGGAAUUCCAGAAGACAAGAAUCCCUUUAAAGAAAAAGGCAGCUGCAUUAUUUCAUGA